AAUCACAUUAAUAUAAUUAUUGAUUUAUUAUUAUUAUUAUUAUUACAAAUGUUCAGUGUUUACUUUACUGAUACACUCACAUUAAACAAACUCAAAUUCACUGAUUUGAUGUCUUAUUUCAUGCUUUAACAGUUGAAUUUUCAAAGAAAUCAUUCUUUAGACAAAACAUUCAAUGCAAGACCCUGAAAUGCAUUGUGCAAUUUCCAGUUCAUAGUUUAAUAUUAAUUAAAAAAAAUUCAGUGUCAUCCUAAUAUGUCAUUUCUUCAGCUAAUAUGAAUGCUGGUGUUUAAGUGCUCUCGUAGGGGAAGUCCAAAGGAUAAUGAGCGCUGUUGGGGAAUCCUGGAGUGUGAUGUAUGAGGGAAACCCCAGUAUUACAACUCUUAAUGGAAUAUUAGUUCUGUAUAUUAGCGUCGGGUAAAAUAGAAUUGAAACGAGUAACAGCGAAGAUGUUGAAUUAAACAAACACAAUCAGCGUUUCCUCAUAUAGGCUUACUUACUGGCCCUGAUAAUAACUUCUGCUUGCCACUUGCUCCAUUUCUGCAAAUCAGUUUUUGUGAAUGAAUGACUAGAAUUUUUAAAGUCAAAUAAAAUGUGCCAAAAAUUGCAAAAAUGUCUAAACUGCAGCCCUAAAAAUGCAAGCCUUAAAAUUCAAGCACUGUUAAUUUAAUUAUUAUUUUUUUUUUUUUUCAGUGCAAUUAAAUGUGCUUUUUUGUGUCAAAGACAUUUGUCAUUAUUUUAUUUCCAGGAAUAAAGGCAGGUAUUAUUUUGCAAAACAGCCAACACUAAAGAACUCUAAAUAAUUUAGAGAGGAGGGAUUGUGUGGUGAUUACCAGGUUACGGUUGGGGCAUUGUGCACAGAAUUAUGGUCUAUUGCAAUUGUUGGAAAGGAUUCGGAAAGCAGAUGCUUAUUUGGUGAAGUGGAAACUGGAGCAUGUAAUAACUGAGUGUGUUAUUCCUAGAACUACAACAAUCAUAAUGUUUUCUGAGCUGUCGGAAGCUGGAGUUUCAUCUUUAUCUUUUAUCUCUUAAAUAAAUUCUUAAUAACAAGGAACAUAAAACAAUAAAAUGUUUACACUUCACUGGACUUUCUAAGAGUAUUUAACCUCUAGGAGGAGUUCUUCAGAUGGCCUGAGGAGGGCAGCAGUAGCCUUUGAUGCGUCGAGUCUGCUGCAACUCUUAGAAAAAAGAAGACGAAGAAGAAACAACAUUGUGUUGCCUCUGGUUGUAAACUGCAGAGAUUUAAUUCCUUGAAUAAAUUGAACAAACUUUCACAGCUGAAGAAGAAGCAAGCAGGAGGAAUUACUCCAGGAGAAUACUAAAAUACUAUUGGAAAGAUGGAGUUUGAGGAAGAAACCUUCAGAAUUAAAGAUGAAGAUACAGAGGAACAAACAGAGUCAGUGGAAGCAAAUGAAGACAAACAGCAUCAGUUUCCAACACCUCAUCAUUUCAUAAACAAAGCUGAAGACACCACCAUUUUACAGAAUGAAAAGAGUUUUGUGCAAAACCAAACUCAAAUAAUUGAAGUCAAAGGGUCUUUCAGCUGCUCCGAGUGUGGAAAGAGUUUCAAACUUAAAUCAAAACUACAAAUACACCUGAGAGUUCACACUGGAGAGAGGCCUUAUGCAUGCACUCAGUGUGAAAAGAGUUUUGGUGAUAAAGGAGGCCUAAAUGUACACAUGAGAGUUCACACUGGAGUAAAACCCUUCACAUGCACUCAGUGUGGAAAGAGUUACAAACAUAAUUCAAAACUCAAAGUUCACAUGAGAGUUCACACAGGGGAGAGGCCUUAUGCAUGCACUCAGUGUGGAAAGAGCUUUGGUAGUAAAGGAUGCCUAAAUAGGCACCUGCGAGUUCACAGUGGAGAAAAACCCUUCACAUGCACUCAGUGCGGAAAGAGUUACAAAUAUAAAUCAAAACUACAAAUGCACAUGAGAGUUCACACUGGACAGACGCUUUAUACAUGCACUCAGUGUGGAAAGAGUUUUGUUGAUAAAGGAUACCUAAAUGAGCACAUGAGAAUUCACACUGGAGAAAAACCCUUCACAUGCACUCAGUGCGGAAAGAGUUUUGUAUCCAAAAUGUUUCUGAGAAAACAUCAGUUCUGUCACACUGGAGUGAAAUCAUUCAGCUGUGAUCAGUGUGAUAAAACAUUUGCUUCUGCGUGGAGCAUGAGACAACAUCUUAAUAGUCAUGCUGGUGUGAAGCCUCAUGUUUGCUCUCAUUGUGGAAAGAGUUUUACACUACUAACAACUUUACAAGUGCACGAGAGUAUUCAUAGUGGAGUGAGAUCUCAUAUGUGCUUUGACUGUGGAAAGACCUUUCUUACAUCUAACAGUUUAAAAAAACACCAGAGGAUUCACACUGGAGAGAAACCGUACAAGUGCUCACACUGUGGAAAGAGUUUCACUCGCUUAGAAGGCUGGAAAAUUCAUGAGAGAGUUCAUACUGGAGAGAAGCCCUACCAGUGCUCUUCAUGUGAGAAGAGUUUUGCCACAUCAUGUAAUCUACGGACUCAUAAGAAAAAGCAUUGCCCAAAGUUGUCUAAGUGAGCAGUUAAUGUUCAUAUCCAUCACUUACAAGCAGUGGCAGCUGGUUUAAGUUAGCCUGGGAAGAUACAUUUAGUUCAAGUUCAAGUCUGCUUUAUUGUCAAUUUCCACAUGUACAGUACAUACAUACAGAGAAUCGAAAUUGCGUUACUCUCAGACCCCGGUGCAUACAGAUAACAUUAACAUUAA